UCUAUUUUCCGGUUUGAUCUGAGAUCCAUAAUAUCAAUGAUGAUUUUAGAAUAAUUAUGGAUUCUUCUCGAACCAAAGAGCGGGAGACGAGUGCUGUUCCCCAAAAAGCUAGGCUGCCAUCUCCGAGCCCUCGGGGCGCCUUCUCGCCAUGGCGUCCGGCGAAUCCCAGAAACGUCUCCUCUCUCUGAUCCGCAAUGUCGCCUCCGAGAAAUCCCAAGAAGGUACACUAUGGCCGCUCCAUGCUUCUCGUGCCUCCACGCUAUCUCCGAUGCGCCCCUCUCAAUCCGCAUGUCUUCGACUCAGAGCUUAGGGUCUCCGAUCUUAAGAAGCGGCUCCUCGAACUUCAGAACGAUCUCAAUGUUGCAAACGCCGACCUCGAUGGGGCCAAGCGGUCCAGGGAGAUGGUCGAGCAGGAGCUGAGGGGAUCGCAGGUUCAGCUUUCUAUGAUUGGUGCAUCAAUCCAUCCGCAAGAGGCGAGGACUUCUCUGCUGCAGGAGGAGAUAUUGAAGCUCCGUUCUGAUCUGGAUACACUCAAGAGUGAAGUGGGUUUCAUGCGAGACGAAUUUGUUAAUAGUAUGUGCGAGCUGAACAAGAAAAUAAGGUCUAUUCCAACGUGCUUUUACUUUCAUUUGUUUAGUUUUCUUAUUUGUUUACUUGUAUAUGAUCUUUUUGUUCCAAACUCCUUAUCUAAGUUUUGCACUAUCACAGGCAUUUUUACAUUUUGACCUUUGCUCAUGCCUUUUCAUCUUGGCAACAUCGGUUAAAUUUUCAGCUACAUAAAACAGCUAUAUGAUUUAUCACAUUGUUGGUAUAUUCUUUUACUUCUGUAGAAGGUGUAGUUUCCCAAAUGUUGUGUGAAUUUGCAUUGUCAAAUCUUAAAAAGAACCAUAAAGUCAAAAUGUUUAGAACACAAUUUCAUCCAAGGGAAGAUAGGUCAGUAGUCGAACUAGUACAAUGCCAUAUAUUUUGAAAACGUCAAUAAACAUGGCUACAAAGUUAUCACAAGUCUUAAAUGUAGAUGAAUAUAUCCGUCUUACUGGAUAGCAACCACUCGUAGAACAAACUGUAUUAUUCCAACCAUUUGGAGUCAGCUACAUGAAUAUUUUCUCACCAUUGAUCCUUGUGUUUGUCUUACUGAAAAUUUAGUAAAUUAAGAAAAGCAAAAAUUAAGAAAAAUUCAAAUGGGAAUUUGUUCUCAUAUGCUAUGCUGAUGAGAACAGCCAAUAUGUACUAGAAAUGGUUCUGAUUGGUCAAAAUCAGCACUACUGCCUGCAGCAUAGACCACUCUGGACCAUUUUGCACUUAGGAUUGAUGAACUGCUGUGGGUUAGCUUUAGUCAGUUAAGCCCACCAAGGUCUGGCAGCUACAAUCAGCACUCUGUUUCUUUGGAGUUAGUUCUUGGGGCUAUUGGAAUUAGAUCUGGAUAACCACUGGAUGAUUUUUCAGAACUCGAUGCUAUAUUAAUGAAUGGUGUUUCUGACAAUUUUUUAUUCUGGAGAUAGAUUCCCUCUUCUUUCUUGAUGCACUUGCUAUUUUACAAAAUUCUGAUUCUAAGAAUAAAAUUAUGCUGAUUGUAACUUCAGGUAUCUGUUCCGAAAAAUUCCUACUAUGAUAGAGUUCCCUUGUGCCUUUUUAUCUCAACUAUAGUUUAUUUCAGUACAUACAGAUACGACAAAAAGGAAGAUGAGCACAAACUUUCAAGCCUGAUUUACAAAAUAAGUGUUAAUAUAGUUGAAUUAAUCCAGUUUAUGCAACACCAAAGUCCAAAGUCCAAAGUUCUUCUAUAUAUUGUCGGUAUCCUUCAGAUUUGUUUUUCCUAUUGGAUGUAAUCCUACAAAGGACCUAAUCAAUUUUCUGUAAGCUUUCCUAUAUUAUUCCUCUGGUCCAUUUACCAAUGUUCAAGUACUUGGAACCUAUUCUGUAGUGUCAAAUAUCUUGAUAAAUCCAAGAGAGUACAAUUUGUUAUUGAGGCUGUGCAAAAACCACAUUGUGAUGAUGCUUUGCAAUGAUAUGUGUCCUGUGAUCUGGAAGCUUAAAUAGGACAAUAAGUUCAGUCUUGGAGUAAAGCAACAAUGUAGCAAUAACAAAGCCAGCUUGUGUAUAUUUUAUUGAAUGCAGAUAAUGGAGUUAAGCAACAAUGUAGCAAUGACAAAGCCAACUUGUGUGUAUUUUGUUGAAUGUUAUGUCAUAAUGCACAAUAGACAUUCCAUUCUGUUAACUAGAUUAAAAAUUCCUUUAUAAAACAUGUUCCUAAAGGCUUUCUUUUACUUUUAUUAUUUGCUUUUGCAAUUAUAUUGGUCAAGAUUUGAAGUCUUGGUUCGAGACCUCUACUGGUAGUUGGGUGGGAUCGGUUGGGUUAGGUAUAUGUUAGCAUACUGAUACAUAGUACAUUAGUGUACCAGUCAGCACGGACUAAACAAAAUGAGGGAGAGAAGGAGAAGGGAAGAAGGCAAAGUUUCUAGUUUCUGUGUGAGACUUAUGCCAAUCACUGGCCGGGUUGGCAUGGGUCCCAUAUGUACUAGCAUACUAACAUAUGGUACACUGACAUUUUGGUUGUCAGUGACCAAACAUAAAGAGAGAGAAAAGAGGGGAGGAAGAGGAAGGAAGAGGAGUUGGAGAGCGAAAGAGGGAAAGUGGAGGAGUCAUGGAAGAGAAGUGGAGGAGGAAAAGGAAGUUCUGUACUGGGAGGGGAGGAAGCAAUGACACAACGGAGCAGGCUACGAGGGGCAGGGAGAAGAAGAGAUGGUGGAGGGAGAGUGAUAUCUUCAUGAGAAGGAGAGAGAGAGAGAGAGAGAAAGCAGAGCAUGAGAGGAGAAAAAGGAAAAAGAAAAAAUAGAAACAAUUGUCAUCAAAAGCUAUACGAAAAAAAUAAUGAUUGAAAGAAUGAUUUUUCGGAACUAAGAAGUCCAGUACAUAGACAAAACAUUGUUUGAAGAAGUUUGGUGAACAAACAUUUAAACUAGGUAGGCUUUAUUGUCUAACCAACUUAUCUAAAUAUUUACCAAAGUUUGUUGAAAAUCAAUGAUUGAAAAUUUUCUUUUAAUGCUUAAAUGAAUAAUUGAUCUAUUUAUCGAUGCUCUAUUUGAUGUCUAACAAAUUUUAUGACACUAGCAUUUCAACAGUCUACUUUUUAGGUCUCAAAAUAUAUAAUAUUUACUUUUAAAAUUCAAAGUAUCUGUAAUAGUUAACUCCUUCAGGCAAUUUCAAGAGAUUACUGUCAAUGCUUUCCAGAAAGAGCAACCUGGACAACUUUGUUCAGAUAAUGGCAAGUGAUUUUUAGUUGACUAUGCAGCUUAUACAUUCUGAAUAGACAUGGUUAAGUGAUGUGCUGAUCUGCUUUGUAUCUUUGGUUAACUGGGAAGAUGAUCUGUAGAUUUUAUUUGUAAACAGUCCAGGUUUAAGUUUCCAUUGUAUACUUAGCAUGUCAUGUAGCAACUUAUGUGUUCAAGAUCAAUACCGAAAAGUUACAGAAUUCAGAACU